AUGGGGGAGAGGCAGUCUCUGACGAGUAGAGAUGGCAUGGGGUCCAGGGGGGAGGUAGACGAUUCUAUGGUGGAGAGGCCUCCAUCCUCGUCGUCGAUGUCUUCGCCCGGGUUGCGGCGGCAAAGGAAGUUGCGAGGCGAGCUGCAUGCGGCGGGGCGGAGCCUGCUGGCCUUCGGAGUGGGGCUGGCGCUGGCCUCCUGCUACGGCGCCACGGCGCUCUUCCUGGAAGGUGCGCCGCUGUGGACGUGUGUGUAUGGCACACUGGCCGUGGCCGGCGCCGUUGCCUUUGGAAUGGGGAUGUCCGUGCGCGUGCGCACUGCUGUCGGCCUCAUGCUGCCGUUGCUCUGCUCAGCUCAUGGGCGAAACUUCUUGCUGCUGGCAAGCACAUCAGUACUGGUGUGGGGCCCGGUGGCCAACACAAUGGAAAAUUCGGAGCGAGCCGCCGCCAGCCUGAUUUGCGCCGCCGAGCUGGCGGCUAAUCAGACGCGACAGCUAAUGAGGAAUGCAGCCACGCCCCUGAUGGGCGCGCUGGAGCAUAUCCGCCAUAUCGGCAGGAACGCCGCCACCAUGGCCACCAGAGUCAACAAACUGAUUCGCUCGCUGAGUGACGGCGUCCGCCAAAUUGCUCGCACCCUGAAGAAUAUUCUUCAUUUCCUGGUGGACAUCGGAGACGUGUGCAACGCCAAACUGGGUUUGCCGUACAGGAAGUGUCGUGCCACUUUCAUGCGAGCCCAAACCAACUGCAUCCGUCAGCUGGGCGACUUUAAGUUUAUGUGCAACAUCAUCAGCGGCUUCAUGCCCCUCUGCAAUGUGGCCAAAGUCACCACGCUGUUCUGCAGUGUCCCAAAGUACGUCUCCAGCCAACUCAAGCAGCACCUCACCGAGCCCGCCAUGGCCGCCUUCCACCAAAUGCGAAGCCAAUUCGACUUUGACCUGUCGGUGUCGGCGGACUUCAAGGCGGACGUCAACGUGAGCCGCUCGCUGCACAAGACAGCUCAGGAUAUCCUGGACCAGCUGACCCGGGAACUCAAGGUCUUUGCCAAGCUCAGAGGACCGCUGGUGUGGGCGGGGCUUGUGUUCCUCACCUGCUCCCUGAUCAGGGCAGUGUGGUACCAGCACAGGUACUUGACACACUUGAAUUUCGACAACGUUUACAUCAGCGCUCAGUUAGUAGAAUUGGACCGUCAGGUGAGCUCAGCGGGUGGGGCCUCCAUCCUGCCAAUAACGCGCAGAGAGGCACAGUUCUACAUUAGGCCACUGUCACUGCGGCUGACAAGCAGCGAGUAUCGGGCGGUGCUGCUGGGUGUGGCCUGGGUGUUAAGGCACACGCUGAUGUCGGCGGUUCUUGUGGCUCUGGACUUCUUAGUGUUCUGGCUACUGGAUCAAGUCAACCAGCAAGUCCGGGGAGGCGUGGUGGCCCGAGCUCCGGUGAUGGUGUUGGUCCAGGUGGAGGGCUCGGGCUUCGUGGCCGACGUCAUGCGCGACUUGACGGCGUCCUUCAACAUGCUGCAGGCGGGUAACGUCACGGUCAUCAGCGGCAAGUGCCUGCCGGCGCCGGCGGAACCAGAUCGCUCCGCCUGCUUCCUCUUAGGCUUCCUGUUGGGCGCCGCCCUCGUGGUGACACUCGCCGGGGGGAUAGUGCGGCGAUCACGACGCCUCAUUUGCGCUUACUUCCACCCUGACACAGAGAAGGCGCGCGUCCACUUCUUGCACCAGCAUAUCCUGGACGAGCGGCGGGCAGCGGCGAGAGCCCUGGUCAGGGCGGCAGCCAAGACGCGAGCGAGAAGGCCUGAGCCGUGCAGCCGUCUCCAGGGCCUCUUGCGACGGCUGCCAGGAGGCGUAGCUUACCUGUCUCAAAUGUGCGUUGCCUGCGGUGAGAGGGCGGGCUUUGCACCGUUCGUCUGCGACGUCUCGCAAUGUCCAGGCCUGUUUUGUAAGGCGUGCUUCAAGAGCGUGGGAAGGGUGUGUGACGUGUGCGUGCGACCGGCCAGCUUCUGGGAAGACAGCCAGGAGGAGCUCGACUCGAGCGAGGACGAGGGGAGGGACGCCCACCGGACGUGAACUCCCAUCGCCGAACCGUCAACCUGCACACAACGCUUUUUCCAAGAGAGCGAGGGUGAUGACGUCUGACCUCGCAUCGGCUUGUGCAAACAACAAA